AGCUCAUUGGCUGGAACAGACACGCAUGCACAGAAAAACACACACCGUCCAGCAACAGAUAGCUCAGUGAAGUGAUUGAGACUACAACAGUUCAUGGUUAGCAACUGACAAACAGAGAGGACUUCAUUGUGACUGUGGGAGGUAGCUGACCACAAAAAUGUCUGACAGACUGAUUGAGUUGGAGGAGAAUGCAACCCACACUGGUCCAAAAGGAGUCAUCAAUGACUGGAGAAGGUUUAAGUUAGAAAGUAUGGACCGGGAAAACUUACCACCUGCAAAAAGAGAACUUCUAAGACAAAUGUCAUCCCCCAAUAAAUCAAAAGAAGACUCCAGAGCGAACCUUAACCGCAAGAUGAGUGUCCAAGAGUAUGAACUGCUUAAGGAGGAGGAUGAAGGAUGUUUAAAGCAGUACAGAAGGCGUUGCAUGGAAGAAAUGCACAACAAGCUCAGCUUUGGGCCCAAGUUUGAAGGUGUACAUGACCUGGACAGUGGAGAGGCCUUUCUCGAAGUCAUUGAGAAGGAGCAUCACAGCACAGUGGUGGUCGUCCACAUCUAUAAAGUUGGGAUCAAAGGCUGUGAGCAGCUUAACAGCUGCCUCGACUGCCUGGCCACAGAGUACCCCACUGUAAAGUUCUGCAGGAUUGAUGCCGUUGCAUCUGGUGCUGCUGAGCGUUUCUCGGAUGAAUACUUACCAACGCUGCUGGUGUAUAAAGCUGGUGAGCUGCUGGGGAACUUCCUGUCCUGCACACAGCAUCUAAAUGAGGAGUUCUUUGCUACUGAUGUGGAGGCCUUCCUCAAUAGCUAUGGCCUGUUGCCAGAGAAAGAGCUGCCAAGCAUGGAUGAUGAAGAAGAAAAUGACGUAGAGUAAACAGAGUUUAGUGUCUGGAAAAGAACAGAAGGUAAUUCAGACGGCUGGAAAGAAGAUCUAAAAGAAACGAUUCAUAAAUAAGAUAUGUCAAGUUAUGCUUUUGGGCUUUACCAAAUAGGAAAAUGCCCCUGUAGAACAAUAGUGUUGGAGUGUUUUUCAACAGAGAAAUUUUACAUCCAGAUGAUGAGGAAACUUCUGUAUUCCUGAUAUGAGAGCUACUGAAUCAGUGAGUUACAGCAAAGUGAGGAGGCAGCUUUCCUCACCGGUAACCUGACAAAAGCCAAAGCAAACUAACUGCAACUAUAUUUGCAAUGUUUUAUUUUGUAUUGUUAGGAAAUCUUACUUGUUGUAUCUACUUGUAAAAUUAUUCAUUCAUAGGUUUUUUUGUAGCGUUUGAGUUUGUAUGUAUACAACGUAUUUAUAAAAUAAAUCAGGAGUCAUACAAAGUGACAUCCACAGAGUUAAUAUGAUGUUAUACAAAUGUAUAUAGAAUAUUUCCAUGGUGUUGUACUAAUGUGAAAAAUAUUAUGAUAAACGAAAAGAAGAUAUAAGUUCAACCUCAGCUCAUACAUAUAACUCAAUAUGGAAAAAUUUGUCUUCCAGCAAAGUGAGUCUUGUGUUGCAAAAAAAAAACAAAAAACUUUAUUUUCAUGAAAAUAAAAAGUGAACAGAGGAA